GAUGUGACGCAGAAUCAGGUAUCACUCCGCCUUAGGUUUACCAUUCUUGCUUUUCACACACAGACACACACACACUUGGACAAAGUAGUUCUCCAGGCGGAGUAGGACUAACUGAGUGGGCUUCUAGUGCCGCCGGAGAUGGCGGGAGAGCAGCGGGCAGGGGGUGGAGGAGAGGUCGGGGAUCCGCCCGCGGCCCCAGUGCGGUUGCUGCAGAGUCUGCGGGGGAAGAUAUGUGAAGCAAAGCAAUUGCUACCUUAUUCAGGCCCAAACAAAAUGAGAGACUGCUUUUGCACUGUGAAUCUGGACCAAGAAGAAAUUUUUCGCACGAAAGUAGUUGAGAAAUCUUUGACCCCGUUUUAUGGUGAAGAUUUUUACUUUGAAAUCCCCAGAACAUUCCACAAUUUGUCCUUUUAUAUAUAUGAUAAGAAUGUAUUACAAAGAGAUCUGCGAAUAGGAAAAGUUUCCAUCAAAAAAGAGGAUUUAUGCAGUUCUAAUGGAAAGGAAACUUGGUUUCCACUUCAGCCCAUCGAUCCUAACUCUGAAGUACAGGGGAAACUGCACUUGGAGUUAAAACUGAAUGAACUGAUUACAGAGAAUGGCUCCGUGCAACAGCUUAUGGUACACAUAUUGGAAUGUGAAGGAUUACCGCUUGUGAAUGGGCAGAGUUGUGAUCCGUAUGCCUCUGUAUCUGUUGUUGGGCCUUCCAGAAACGAACAAAAGAGAACAAAAGUAAAAAAGAAAACCAGUAACCCACAGUUCAACGAGAAGUUUUACUUUGAGGUGACAAGAUCAAGCAGCUACACCAAGAAGUCCCAUUUCCAAGUAGAAGAAGAAGAUAUUGAAAAACUGGAAGUGAGGGUUGAUCUGUGGAACAAUGGAAAUCUUGGCCAGGACGUUUUCCUUGGGGAGAUAAGAAUUUCAGUAAAGGUUUUGAGGAAUGAUUCAUCUCACAGGGCAUGGUAUCUGCUACAGCCAAAAGAUAAUGGAAGUAAAACUUCCAAAUAUGAUGAUCUGGGCUUCUUGAGACUGAGUAUCUGUUAUACAGAGGACCAUGUGCUUUCUUCGGACUGUUACUCUUCUCUUAGAAGCCUUAUAUUAAAGUCCCCAGAGGUUCGGCCUAUAUCUGCGUCACCUGCUUUUAUUUUGGGAGAAGUUUGCCGAGACAAAUAUGAUGCCGUCCUUCCUCUCGUCCGGCUUUUGCUACACCACCAGAAGUUAGUUCCCUUUGUGGCAGAGAUUGCUCAGCUCGACUUAAAUGAUACACAGGAAGCAAAUACCAUCUUUCGGGGCAAUUCUCUAGCCACUCGUUGCCUUGAUGAGACUAUGAAGAUUGUAGGAAAACAUUAUCUGAAAGUAACACUGAAGAAUGUUCUAGAUGAGAUUUGUGAUUCCCCAAAACCCUGUGAGAUAGACCCCAACCGCCUGAAAGAGGGAGACAAUGUGGACAAUCACAAGGAGAACCUGCGAUACUAUGUAGAUAAGGUGUUCUUCUGCAUAGUUAAAUCUAGCAUGAGCUGCCCCACCGUAAUGUGUGAUAUUUUCUCUACUCUUAGACAUAUGGCUGUCAAGCACUUUCCCAAAGACCCCCAUGUUCAGUAUUCUGCAGUUAGCAGCUUUGUGUUCCUGCGUUUCUUUGCUGUUGCGGUUGUGUCACCUCACAGCUUCCAGCUACGACCCCAUCAUCCAGAUGCACAGACAUCUCGGAUACUGACCCUUAUCUCAAAGACUAUCCAGACCCUUGGUAGUGUCAGCAGUUUGACCAAGAGCAAACCAUCUAGCUUCAAGGAGCAGUUCAUGUGUGACUUUUUCAAGAUGUUUGAAGAGGAAACGUACACUAAAGUGGUGAAGAAGUUUCUAGAGGAAAUCUCAUCUACAGAAACCAAAGAACCAAGUGGAGUCAGCGAGUCACUGAUUCUGAAAGAGGGGGAGAUGCAUAAGCGAGCACUGGGGCGUACCAGAAUUGGCAAAAAGAACUUCAAAAAACGAUGGUUUUCCCUAACAAGUCAUGAGCUCACGUACCACAAACAGAAAGAUAAAGAACCUGUAUUUAGUAUUCCAAUUAAAAAUAUCCUGGCUGUCGAGAGACUGGAUGAAAGUGCCUUCAGUAAAAACAAUAUGUUUCAGGUGAUUCAUAAUGAGAAGCCUCUGUAUAUCCAGGCCAAUAACUGCAUAGAAGCCAAUGAGUGGAUUGAAAUACUAAGCGGGUUAAGUCGACGCAACCAGAAAAGAUUAAGCAAAUACCACCCCUCUGUAUUUCUGGGUGGGAGUUGGCUCUGCUGUAAAGCAGCCAACGACGGCACAGAAGGAUGCUGCCCCUGCACUGUAGAUGUUCCAGCUGAUGUGGCACUGGAUAUUGAUGGAGAUCGCGAAUGUGAAAGAAUUCACCGUCUCUUCAGUGUGAAUAUGCAAAAGCUACUGAAAAUGGAAGAGGCCUGCGGAACGAUAGCAGUCUAUCAAGGACCCCAAAAAGAGCACAGCGACUACAAUUUUACCAUUGAGGAUUCUGUGACCACUUUUAAAGUUCUCCAGCAAAUCAAAGCCAUCACGGAGAACCUCAAGGAACUGCAUGAUAAACAUAAAAAGGGCUCGACAAGCGCAAAGUAUGGCAGCCAGGAAAAUCCCAUUGUGGGUAAAGGAUCUUAGCAGCCACAACGUUUUGUUGUCUCUGAACUGGAACUGCUAAAUGUCUGAAGCAAGAAGAAAAUUUCUCAGCCAGUAUCUAACAUGGAGUUGGAAACUUCUACAUUAUGUAACCACUUGGAAGGAAACUCUUAAGCUGGAGCACUUAAACUUUCCUGGCAUUAACAGUGCACAGAACUUACUGAACAAAAACAACUGAAAAAAGUAAAGAAAUAGAUCCCUGUGCCCAAUAGGAGAUCCAGCAUGAUGAGAUUUGCACUGCUGGCAGUGCCUUGCUGCCAUGUGUUAUGACACAGCGUGGCAGGUAUGAUUCUUGCAUCUGGUAAGGAGUGUGUCCUACGCUGGCAGAAUAGUGUGACUAAGCAGUGGGAAAUCUAGCAAAUGCAAAGGAAGAAAUCGGCAAUCACAAAACUAUUGAUUUCUUCAUGGAUUGCAUUGUGCUCUUUAGAUUCCAUGUUCAAGAUGCCGGGUGAGACAGAUGGAAAGGGUUUGUGCUUGUCCAUUUUAAAAAUCAUCAGAGGAUUGAGUGUUUAAGGAGCCCUCGCAGAGCCCGCAUUUGGUUCUUACCGCCUCUGACAAACUUGGACAAAUCAGAAAAGUUGAAACGGUACACAUAGCAUUCUUUUAUUUAUUGUUCCCUUGUUAAUUCGGUAUGUGGAUUCUUUGUUCUUCCCAAGAGAGGUCUGGAUGAGCCAGAUGCAAAGCGAGAGGCCAAGUAGCGCACGUGUUUUUAACCAGUAUGCAAGGGACAUAAUGAAUUCCCUUUCAGAUGGAUAGCAUUGUGCUGAUGCGCGUGCCUAUGAAAUAUGCUACAUGCAACAGGAUUUUACAAAAACAGACACCAUGUAUUGCUUUUUAAUUAUAGUUUUAAAGAAUCCUAAAUCCUAUAGAAAUGUCUGCCCGCUAUGUGCUUGGGCUUCAUUUUACUGACCGUGUUGAUUGUAGAAAUACAUUUUUAUAUUUUGUGUAAUGAACCUUUGCUUUGUCUGCGGAGGGAGCAACACUUAAAAGGGGCACCAAAGUUGUAUAGUGGUAUGGCAAUCUCAUUUUCCUGCAUUUAUGAAAAGUUGCCCUUAUUUGUCCAAGUAGGUUGCUUUCACAUUGCAAAUAUCUCAUAACUAAUGGAGGGCACUCCAACUGGAGGCCCAUGGGCUUCAUGUGACUUUCAUGUGACAUUUUAAUGGUUCCCCCAACCUAAAGGCUCUGUAGACUUCCGUGUAUGAUCAAGAUUUCUUAUGCCAGAUUUUAUUAGCAUAAUUUCAUGCAAUUUAGUCUAUACAGGCUUUGCCUGGGGUGGUUGGGGGGCAAACACGGCCCAGGGGCCUUCCACCUGGUUUCUUUUAAUUUCCCACAACCUCUUUUAAAAACCACUUUGAGCACUUUAGUAAUCUGGUCGCUCUGGGUUAUGUAAACCUUUUCUCUCCUCUCCUUUUGCCCUUGUUAAUAAAGAUACAUGGUGUAUCUGGUUUCUCUUUUAAGAUCAGUUCCAUGAUCAAUGCUGUAUUUCUAUAGAGAGAAAAAAGUUAAAAAGGCUUAAAUAUUGUUCGAAGACCAAAGAUAUUUUUUUUUCUAUAUUUCUAUUUAUUUUUUAAUCUUGCUUUGCUUUGUCAGUAUUAAUAUGCUGGUACUACUUUCCCCACAUUAUCCCAGUGAAGGCUGCUGCUCUCCUAGGCUGCUUGCCCAUUAUUCCCAGUCUGUGUAAUGCAUAGCAAGCUCUUUCAUACAGCAUAUAUACCAUCUCAUACCGUAUAUAUAUCAUACAUCCUGUAGCAGAUGUGGAUCGCCAAUUAGGUACCUUUGAAUAUUUUUUGUGGUCAGUGGGCUGUAGAACAGUCGCCAUACAUUAAAGGCUGGGUAAUGCUUGCAUUGCAGCUACAUGUCCUUUGUGUACAUACCCUGUGUAUACCAUCACCUCUAUCCACUGUAACUGAACAAAACUGAAUGAACACAGGGUCCUAUCUUCCAUUUUCAUAGCUUAAUGAUGCCCUUGAAUGGAUACCAUCAUCACAUAAUUCCAUGGGAUAUUUUAUACAGUCUAAAAUUGUGAUCUGUAGUUUUUCGUGGGGAACCUGGGCACUUUUAUCAGUUUCUCAAGCACUGACCCAUCAUAUCCCUCAAUAUUCCUACCUGGAGUAGCCCACAUGGUUUCUUAGGGGUUUGCUUUCAUAUAGUGGUAUACUGCUGCAGUCAGUAACUGCUAAUUUCUUUACACAGGGUAAGUAUAGAGGGGCUGUGUGUGUUAGGUGAGUGCUACAGGUGAUUACUUGGAACUAGCACUGAAAUAUAGAAGUGUUCACCCCCCAACAGCACCUUCUAGAAGCAUGUACAAUGCAAAUAGGCAAUAGCAACAAAUCACUCCCUAACUGGCCUUCACCCUGAGCCCCCCGACCCAUACUCUGUAAUCCCCAGAGGGGCCAAGCUCACAGUUUGGCAAUCAAGAGUGUAGUUGCACUCUAUAGCAACUAUAUAUUUGUCUUUGUUGCUUGUCGUUUAAUCAUUCAUCUGUUUCUUUCAGCAUCUUCGCUGUAUUUGUGGUGAAUUUCGCUUUUCUUUUUGCCACUAGCCAUUCUUGCAAUUCACAGAAAUUAACUUAGGACCUAUGGGGCCUGGCAUUCAGUUACUUGAACUACAAGUACCCUACACCCUUUUCUCCAUGAGGUUUGAAUGUUUAUGGGUAGCCAGGAAUUUUAUAUACAGAACCUUGGGGCUUGGUGAGAUAUAAACGCAACCCCACUCUGAUGGAGAGGAGGGCAAGUCGGAAGUGGAAAAUGAAAGAUAGACUGAUUGAUCCCUUUCAUUAUUAAUCAGUAUAAUAUCCUGAUUAAUAUCCUGUUCUGCUUAGGGCCAUUCCAAAGUAUGGACCCUUGCAGAAGAUCAGCUAGUGAUGCUUUAGUGUAUUGUGAGUGUUUGGCACCAAUAACCAUGGCACCUUCCAUUUGGACACCCUUUUGUACUCCAUAAACCAGCCACAUAAUCACCAUAGGUGCACCUUGUAGUCCCUACGGGUCUAAUUAAAGAAUAAUUACAGGCAAAGACAGAUACUUGGCUUAAGAUAUAGGUACAGAUGGAGAGGACCUUGUCGAUGCUUUUUGUUUGAAUGGGGACAAGUAGUGGCUGCAGCCAACAGGUCCCUGUGGAUGUGAGUUGUAGUUGAGAGCAGGUUGCCUGGAGCCAAGUGCUGGCAUUGCUUGGCCGGCAGCCGUUGGUUAAUGAGCAGUUAAUACAGCCUUGCUAAGUCCUGGGGCGCUACACGUAUAUCCCUCUCUGUCUUAGAAUUGAUCAGCCGUGAUUUCCCAAUGUUGUCCUUUCCUGUUGCUGUUUUGUAUCCCGUCGUGUAAUGCUGAUUUGUUUUCUUUUAAUUUAAAUUUAUUUUCUUACUGAAAGUAUUAUGUGUGUUUGUAAAUUACUGUGUGGAAAACAGAACUUAAAAAAAGCUUCCGAAUAAAAUUUUACAAGUGA